CUUAAAUUAAAAGUUAAGUCGGAUGUCGGGUCGGAUCAGGUCGAGUCGGAGACGGAGUCGAAGUCGGACUCGGUCGGAUUAUCGGAUUUUUUAUGAGGUCCAACUCCGGCCCAACUCUAAAUUGGACUCGGAUUAUAAAUUCGGAUUCGGAGUCGAAUAUUUUCCAACUCGGAUUGAGUCGGAUUAGGGGCGGAUUCGGACCGACUUGUCAUCCUGUCAUCCCUACUCGUGCUCCCUCUUUUACCCUCGUGCUCCAUUGUUAGAUGAUAGUGAUGCCUCCACCAAUUUCAACUCUCUACUGUCAGAGAUCCACUUCAAAAACUCCAAUGGGGGAAAUUUCUUCGGAUUACAGCAACAAUAUGCGGGAACCUCUUUUGGGCACUUCUAAAGGUGGCUUUAAGACUCUCCCAUUCAUCAUCGCAAAUGAAGCAUUCGAGAAAAUAGCAAGUUAUGGGAUAUUACCGAAUAUGAUAUUGUAUUUGAUGGGUGGAUAUGGUAUGGAAUUAACAGCUGGUUCUAAUUUCAUCUUCUUCUGGAAUGCUGCUACGAAUAUAACUCCUGUAAUUGGGGCUUUUCUUUCUGAUUCUUAUCUGGGUCGAUUUUGGAUGAUUGGAUUCGGUUCCAUUAUCAGUGUUCUGGGUGUGAGUCUCCUUUGGUUGACAUCUAUCAUUCCCGGUGCAAGGCCAUGUGACGAGUCUGGUUCGGAGUGCAAAUCUUGGAAUGUCUUCCAACUUACACUACUUGUAUCAGCACUGGGCCUUAUGUCAAUCGGAGCAGGUGGCAUCAGAUCAUCUUCCUUGGCAUUUGGUGCCGAUCAGUUGCUCAAAAAAGACAAUUUUGGGAAUGCAGGCAUUCUAGAGAGGUUCUUCAAUUGGUAUUAUUUUGCUGCGUCUGCUGCAGUUGUGGUUGGAUCAACUUUUGUGGUGUAUAUUCAAGAUGAGUUUGGGUGGAAAGUUGGUUUAGGAGUUCCCGUCUUGCUUAUUUUUUUGUCUGCUCUUUCAUUCUUCUUCGCUUCUUCCUUCUACAUCAAGAUGAAGGCCAAGGCGGGAUCUGUUAUCUCCUUUGCUCAAGUUUUAAUGGCUUCUUGGAGAAAGAGAAAUUUAGAUUUAUCUGAAUCGACGGAUAAAGUGUUUUAUCGGAGGAAAGGCUCAAGACUGAUCAGGCCAAGUGACAAACUAAGGUUCUUGAACAAGGCUUGCAUUGUUGGAAAUGCAGAAGACCUAACACCGAAUGGAACCGCCUCAGAUCCAUGGAGCCUUUGUACCAUAAAUCAGGUAGAAGAGCUGAAAGCCCUCUUAAAGGUGAUCCCAUUAUGGUCUACAGGAAUUAUGAUAUCAGUAACUAUGGGUCAGGUCACAUUCCCUGUUCUACAAGCACGAUCCAUGGAUCGUCAUAUCACCUCAAACUUUGAAAUUCCUGCCGGCUCUUUCGGGUCAUUCACAAUCAUUGCUAUAAUAUUAUGGAUCGCCAUUUAUGAUCGUAUUGUCAUUCCACUCGCUUCAAGACUUAUGGGCAAGCCUGUCCAAUUGAGUGUCAGAAUACGAAUGGGAAUCGGACUGAUACUCUCCUUCGUUUCAAUGGUUGUAACAGCCACAGUCGAGCAUAUUCGUCGUAAAAUAGCUAUCGAGGAAGGUUUCUCGGAUGACCCAACAGGGGUGACUGAUAUGUCAGCUAAUUGGUUGCUGUUACAGCAUUGUCUUUCUGGUAUGGCCGAGGCAUUUUUUGCAGUCGGGCAAAACGAGUUCUUUUACUCAGAGUUCCCUAAGAGCAUGUCAAGUGUAGCGACAACUCUUUUCGGUGUGGGCAUGUCGCUCUCAAGUUUGAUUUCGAGUUUGAUCAUGACUAGUGUCGAUAAAAUUACAAGCAAAGGUGGGAAUGAGAGUUGGGUAUCAAGUAACAUAAACAAGGGUCACUUUGAUUACUUUUACGGACUUAUCGCUGGUUUGAGCUUGGUUAAUUUCUUCUAUUACAUCCUCUGUAGUAAAGCUUAUGGCCCGUCUUCUGCAGAACAAGACGGCGUUUGGGAUGACGAGGAGAUUGUCGACAACGAGGAGUAGACCUUGGCACACAUUUACAGUACACCUUGAAGUAGCUACACUGCCUACACUUAUGCUAAUUAUUAGAUGUCUCAUGGUAGUUUUAGAACAUUGAGACAUAAUUAUGUAUAUAGAAGUACUAUCUAGAACAUAAAAAGUGACCUUGGGUUACACCUAUUUAUAUGUGUACCCAUUUGUCAUUGUGAGGGUCAACUUUUUGUGCCUUGUAUAUCAAUUGGAGUGGAAAAAUCACUUGUUAAUAGAAUUGUAUCCCACUUUGAAGUACUUUUUAAGUAACAAUAAUUUUAGAAAUAACCUCUUUGUUUGUAUUAUUACUAAUAGUAGGAAGUUUAAAUACAUCUGAUUCCUCCAAACUCCAUUUUAGGUGAAAUCCAUUUAAUGACAUUAACGGCCUGUUUGGUAAAUGAUACCAAUUGGUGAUAAUGAGAAUGAUUUGUA